AUGGCCCGCGCAUCGUGUCAGUAACGUUUUUCGCGCCGUGCUAACAGGUGCACUCGUGCUCUUACGCUAUACUGUGCGCCUAGUACUUUUAAAGUUUCGCGAUAUCUUAAAUAAUGGACUAAGUGAGAAAGUUUCGUGUGUGUAUGAUUGUUUGUUUGUAUUUACAAUACGGCCGCCUGGAUCGAUCAUAAUAUAUCAACGAUCAAACCGAUAUUGCACGAACCAUCGAAGCUACCUCUAGCCGUAUCCUCUACUGGUCACUGCCAACUAUUCCGCCCUAUUGCGUACUUGAUGUCGCCAUGCUAGAUUUAAUCGAGACCGCAUAUAAGAGCGCCCAAGCGAAGGUAUUCGGGAGCUGCUGGCGCACGUGACACUCGGAGGUCACAAUGAGCCAGUCGCCGGACGAGGCCCGUGCGGCGAGGAUCCAGAAGUACAAGGAGGAACGUAGGAGACAACUCACAGCUAGGACGGCGACUCUGUUCUCCGCUAAUGUCACUGAACGGCGCCCUAGAAAACCAGCAGCUACUCGUACGCCUUUGGAGAAUACUGCAACUUGCCUUCAGUCUUCCUCAGAGCUGAACCUCAACACAGCUUCCACUUCAGUGCCUAUUAGAACUACACGUACUUCGCGCUUGAGAGCUGCUGCAAGCCAAUCAGACAGCAACGUGUCUCCAAAGAAGACGAAUAGAAGUUCCUCCGUACAAUCGCUGGUAGAUGAUGACAAAGCAAAAUCACCUAGAGAUAAAUCACGUCUACCCGCACACAGAAAGCAAAGUCACGAAAAGGAGAAUUUAAAGAACGCGUCGACCGCUUCAUUAAAAGAAAAUGGUGCUAUUAGAUCGAAACAUUCCAAUAAAAAAAAUAUUUUAGAAAAAGACAAAAGCAAUUUAUUAGUUAGUAGUCCCAAAGGAAAGAAUAUUGACGUGAAAACUAAUUCUAAAGUAGAUACAACGAUUAGACAAAAAUUAGCGACUGAAACGAAAUUAGUUAGUUUAAAAGAGGACGUGAAAAAUGUUGAUGAUGUUUUUAACAAUAUACUUGGUGAUAAAAAUAUUUCGACCAGCCUAGACAAGGAUAAUUUUGAAGACUUGUACAAAGACCUUGUUGAAGGACACGCUGAUAGCAAUAUAGAAGAGAUUUUAUGUAAUGAUACAUCAGAGCUCAAGCUUAGCAAUAAAAACAACAUUCCGAUAGUUAAAGAAGAGAUUUUAGACAUAUCCAAUAAUGUGAAAGUAGAAAAUAUUGGUGAUGUGCCAAAAGUGAAUGAAGUGGGUCUGUUAGGGGCUGUGUGUAUACGAAAAGUGGAAAGGUUUAGUGAGUUGUUCAGUAGUUUAUGUUCACCGUGCGAGGCUGAUAUACUGUUUGAAGAUUUACUUGCUGAAACGGGGAUUAGCAGUACUAGUGAUUCGCGAGCAAAGGCUCCGGAAUGCACGCCGCCGUGCCGGCGCGCGCAGCCGACGCGCAUCACCAGUACGCCGAAACGGGCGCAGGAGUCGUCGCCAGUCACCAAUGGGGAUGGAAUCGUCACAAAAACAAGAAACCGGCGAUCCCUAGAAGCACCUAACUCCAAGACUGAUACCUCCUUACCGUCUUCCAAAAUUUCUCCUAAAAGUACUUUUAGUUUAACAUUUGGUAUAAAACCAUCAACGAAUAAAUUAUCGAGUACCACUGCCCCUCUUAAAACCUCAGAUAGAAGACGUAGUUCAGAAAUUGGUUCAAAACCUAGUUGUAUACCUCUUUCUAAAAGAACUCCGGAUAAAAUUAUCCGUACGUCUACUUCGCCUAUUAAAGUAGACCCAUUAAAGGAUUCAUCAAAAACUGACAGCACGCAUACGAAAUUAAGAAACGAACGGUUGAAAAAUAGAUCUCUCCGUAAAAGCCCAGAAAAGGCAAAGAGUGAUUCUGAAAGUAACCGUAACGAUAGAACACAACGAGCUCAAAAGAAUUAUGAAAGUGCUAAUGAAAGGUAUCAUAGUUCGAAAAAAAGACUGACUAGUUUAGAUAAUUCUAUGAGAGAAAAAAGUAAUGCUAGAAAUACGUCUAGUAAGAAACUUUUAGAUAAUAACUCACCUAUUAAUUCUAAAGUUAAUACUUGCGUUCAGGGCUUAGAAAAUUCUUCAGACUCUAAAAGUAUGUCUACGCUUCAUGAACCUGUUAGAACACACACAAGUUCUAGACUUUCACAGGAAAUGGAUAGUCUAGCUGCAUUAACUAAACAAACAUUAGAUAGAGUUAACAAAUUGUCAAAUAAUUUAAAUAGUAACAAAUUAAAUGUUAACCCAUCAGAAUCGAAUUUUAAUACACUUUUUGUAUCAGGACCCUCCGAGCAACAAAAUAAUAACCACACAUUUAACUAUGGCCUCAUUCAGGAGAAACCUGCAAAAAAUAGAGGAGUAACAGAAAGAUUAAAAGAUAUAGAUGCAGCAGCUCAGAGAUUGAUCGACUUUGAAAAGCAAAGUGCAAUGUUUUCUGAUCUCAAUAAUGAUUCGUCUAGUCAAAAUCGCCGUCUAGAUAAUUCGUCGACGUCUCAUCUUACGCCUGUAUCUAUAUUGAAGAGAAAAUCAAUUCAUGAAGAUACUGCUGCUACUAAUACCCCAAACAAUUCUAUUGCUUCACCGCCUGUAACUUUCUCACCUAACGUCGUUGAGCCACGUAGUUGUCGAUCUGAAAGCAGGCAACGUCAAGGAAUCCUAAAGAAACGUCGAAGUUUAGAUGAGUCCCAAGUUGCAAGACGCAGAUCUUGCAGCCCUGAAGUCUCAUUCGCCGAUGACGGAUCGCCAGAUACAUGUAAACCAAUCCUCAAGAACAGACGUUCAUCCUUGGAAGACGUAGUCCGUAACCGGUCUCCAGAUGGUCAGAUCCAUGGCAUUUUAAAAAGGAAAAUGAGCAAAGAAGAAGAACAUGUCAAUGAUGACAUAUCUCACGGAUCUCCAGAACCACACGGGAUCUUGAAAAGAAAAUCGAAUUCAAGUUCAGGUAGUAGCACAACAUCGUCUCAUGUUUCCAUUGCCCAAGCCGUGCUGCUGGCAGCUGCGGGUGGGGCUGAGAUUAUAGAACGAGAAGAAGAUAAGGAUGCGGUGCGUCCAAUCCUUAAGAAGAAAAGUUUUUCCGAAGAAAGACCAUGUCUUGACGUUUUGCCUUUAGAUACACCCAAACCAAUAUUGAAAAAAAAAUCAACAGAUCACGACGAUUACGACUUAGAACUUCCCAAAAAACCAAUAUUAAAAUCAUCGAAAAAACUAUCUGGCGACGAAGGGCAUGCUUCUAGUUUCGAUUUGAGCGAAGACGACAGAAGCUCCCGUAGGCCUUCACUGCUCAGAUCGCGAACAUCCGACCAUUCAGGCUCCGAAUGUGAGACGGCAGUGAAGCCGAUAUUAAAGCAAAGAGGAUCAAGUCUCACUAGGGAACGCAGCCAAUCCCCGCGCCCACGGUUGUCGUUCUGCGCCGACAACGACGCUAGUUCUAGUGCGACUAAUUUCAGUAGCGAACCGAACGACUUACUAGCGGCUGGACCGCGGCGAGUCUUAAAUCUUUCCUCUCCCUCCGAUGAAAGUUAUCCUAGUGCGGUUAUAAGACGACGAAACCUUCGUCCGAAAGCGAACCCACGGUCUAUGAGUCUAGUGUGUGACGUCAACGAGGAGUUAUUAUCUAUCUUAAACAAUCGCAGACGACAAGUCGAUGAGAAUUUAGAAAACGGUCCCAACGAACUGUGGGACGGUAACGAAACAACAGACGAGAAUAGUCAGAAACAAUUCCCUUCCAUCGCAUCGAGAAUUAAAGAUAUGGAACAGGCGCUAACAAAGGAUAAUUUUCUGCGAGAUCUGCCUUCAACGUCCAAAUCCAAAAAUAGGGAUAAAGAACGCUACAAAACGCAACCUGUAACCAUUGAUGAGAUGCGGUCAGUGACAUCCAAUUUGGAGCCGGGCCAAGCGAGUUUUCAAGCGUUCGGCCCCGCGGGCUGUAGUUUUCCGACCAAUUCCGUCGAGUCCGGUGCUCCUUUCUCGAACAGGGGCCCCUAUGUUGGGGAACCCGUGCGAGAUCAUUUCACAGACCUGAAGUCGCCUCCUUUUAGUACUAGUUCCUACAUACCGAAGUUUCCAGUAGCCAACGGUGACACGGAAUCCUCAAACUCCAAAACAGACAGCUUCGGGGAGGCCUUGUUUUUAGACUUCGAGAAGAUCGCUGAAGACGCUGAAGGGAACCAGUCGACUCUUGAUGAAAUAGAAGAAGAGGUGAAUAAAGUUCGCGUCGCCUUGGACGAGGACAGCCGCGCUCUGGAGGAGGACGAGAGGAAUCAAGCAGAAGCAGAUAAUUGGAGCUUUUAUUUAAAGUCAGUUCUCGCAUGUGUAGCGAUCGAAAACCUUGUUGUGUAUGAUAAUGGAUUUGCCUUGUAUUUAUCCCCGCUAAUUAACGUUACAGGUGAAGAGUUGGGGCUGAUAGAAAGCCAGGAGAUAAGGGAAAACCACGCGGCGAACAGCAGUCAGGAGUGGUCUCCGUCGUCAAUAGAGCACGGUCUAAUCACCAUGAAUCGCGAGCGGAAAUCCACUGAGAACGAAGCUUUACGCAGCCCGCAAGAGCAAAGGAGCGAUGAUGAUGAAGACAAUCAUUCAGGUUUUGCCCUUGGUCUCGUUAAGAGCAACAGCGUUGUGGCGCGUGCUAGCAUGUGGCAACAGUUGCAACAACAAGCCAAAGGUACGCCUAAGCCGCUACUUCGGCACAGUCGGUCCAAGAUAAAAGAUGGCCCACCAGUUAUAGAGCGGUUCAAAACACAAAGUAUCGAACUGCAAUCGCCGACUAAGAUAGCUCCUAAGGAAGGCUUCUCUCUUUCUCAGUCUAAGAGCACAGCCAACGUGUUAGACAGAGAUGAAGAUGCUAAGUUAGACGAUGACGAUCCGGCGAAAAUGUCCCUCAUGGAGAAAAUGAAGAUGUUCAACUCGAAGUUGACCCAUAAGCCUCCCGUGGCCGGCCUCCCGCGGCCGAGGGAGGAGAGAGUGCCCAGAGCUUCGAGACUGCGCACGAUGCCGGUCCUCGCCAGCCAAGUGCAAGAGGCGAUGGAGCAAAACGAAAGGCUCACGAAGUCCUUGACGCACGAGGACGUGCCCAGAAACCCCGACUUCCAACUGAAGAUGGAGUUGUUCCGUUCCGCGAGCGCUAAGAACACCUCGUUAGAAUAUCUCAUGAAGCAGAACGCGAAGUUUAGAAGUUUAGACCUCGAUGACGAUUCGCCAUCGGAACGGGCGCAGCGCAUGAUCACUCCGGAGGUGCGAGGGAUACUGAAGUCUGGCUCCACGGUGGUGCCUUCCAAGCCCAAAACAUUGGCCAAGGGAGAGAGCUCUGAGGGCCUUAAAGACGAGGGCAUAGACAGUUCAUCGGACGACGAGACGGCGUCAGCCUCGAGCGUCUCAUCAUCAGAGAAAAGCUGCUCCUCAUCAGACAGCUCCGACGAGAUCCCGGGCCCUAAGCCCAAGCGAUUCCAACGGAAGAACAACAAGCUCCGAUCGUCCAGAACCGAAUCCGAUCUCACCAAAUAUCAGGACCAGAGAAAGAUUCAGAUACCAGGCGCCGAUGAACUGAAGGAGCGGUUGAAUCAAGCGAAAAACGCGAACGUCAAAGCACCCGUGCUGGGCAAGCUCGGCCGCAAGCCGUCCGAGGCGAAACCGGAUGAUGACAAAUAUAAGAAGUUCGUGAAGAAGCUGGAUGAGCCAAUACAGUUGGCUAAAUUGCGGCGGCCGAUGGAAAAGGCGCCGUCGCUGGAGGAGAAACCGCCGGCGUUGAAGAUCUCGGCGCUCAACCAGGCGGCCAAGAACAAGUUUUUCGGGUUGGACGAUAAGAAGGAGAAGAAUGUGGACGAAUUGGCCGCUGCGGUCAGGAAGUAUAUUGCGCCGAUGAGCAAGUCGGUGUCGGCGCACGCGAUGGAGGGCGCGUCGGGCAGCGACGGCGAGAGCAGCGGCGGCCGCGAGGUGCGCCACAUCACCGCCAGGGGGCGCCACAGAUUCGGCGGUGGGGUGCAACGCAGCGCCACACAUGCCGACAUGCCGCAUCGGGGAGGCACCAUCGCCGAGAGAUUGGCUGCGCUUCAGGCGGCCGGCGCGAACGACUGGCGCGCGCGCGUGUGCCGGCUGAGUCCGGAGCGCGAGGAGUCUAAGGCGAUCGAGCGGGUCAAGAAUAGGAUCAAUGAAACAUUGAAUGCAGCGGUCGAUGAUAAGAAGAAGGUGCACAUAGACGAAAACGAAUUGGGUCCGAACAUCCUCGCGGAUCGACGGAAUAAAUUAGAAACCGCCGCGCAGGGAUGGCGCAAACGGGUGCCCCAGAGCGAUGCCACACUGUUCACGGUGGCCGGGCGCCUGGAGCGCGACAAGGUGGCAACACCGCCGGUGACGCCGCCGCCGCUCGGCACGCCGCCCGCUUCCUCGCCCGCCAUCACGCCCGCCAUCACGCCCGCCAUCACGCCCGCCGUGCCGCCACCUAACCGCUUCAGAUCACGAAAAGCGCCAACAUCCCCUACCAAUGGCUUCGCAUCAGGCCCACUGCGGUCCGCUUCAUGCGCGGUCAUGGGCACAGCUGUCGAUGUGAAACCGAAAGAAACGCCCAAAGUCGAUCGCGAGUCGUUCAAACGCAGCCACUCUGUCAGCGAGAACAUCAGUCGAGAUGAGAACGAGGAGGCGUCCCCCGGCGCGGAGAAGGCCGGCUGCCCGGUGCGCGUGCCGCGCGCGGACGACGAGACGUUCCACGCGUUCUUCGCGCCGCUGCAGCAGCUGGAGCGGGCGCCGCUCGACCAGCUCGACCAGCUCGACAUCGAUCUCGAUGCCAUCGACAGCGGCUCGAGGCAGCUGCUGUCGAGCGAGUGCGCGCGGCGAGCGAAGCGCGAGCGGCGGCACGCGGCGUCGCGCAACCCGCUGCGGGCGCUGGCCGCGCGCACCGACCUGCGCCAGGAGUACCGCGCGCACGCGCUGCCCACCCGCGACGCGUUCCUUAAGGAGAAGGUGACAGCGAACUGCGGCCUGGCGGCGGAAGCGCUGGCAGCGCUCGCCAGCAAGGAGGACUUCUCGAGCGUGGCGCUGCGCAGCGCUUCAGCGACCAGCGUGCCCAGCCACGGCUGCAAGCCGCUCAUGCUGCUGCACGUCAAGGGCAGGCGGCGGGUGCAAACUCGACUCGUUGAGCCCGUACACACUAACGUGAACCGCGGCGAUUGCUUCCUUCUCGUCACACCCGAUCAGUUGUUCCUUUACAUUGGUUUAUACGCUAAUGUUAUUGAAAAGAACCGAAGUACUGAUAUCGCAAAUCACAUUUUAAACACAAAGGAUCUCGGCUGCAAGAACGCCACGUCGCUCAUCAAAAUCGACGAACAAACCAAAAUCUACUCGAACAAACAUUGGAAUCAGUUCUGGUCGCUUCUCGGUGUAACAGACGGUAUCGAGGAAUAUAGUCCCAUUGAAACUGGCCACGCCGAUGAAGACGAAAUAUUCGAGUCGUGCAUUGUGCAAACAAACAUGUGCUAUGAAGUGAUGGAUGAUGAAUUGGUGCCAAUCAAAGAGUACUGGGGCCAAGUGCCAAAGAUCGCCAUGCUGAACCAAUCGAAAGUCAUCGUUUUCGACUUUGGAUCAGAAAUGUACAUUUGGUACGGCAAAAAUGUGCCCUUAGAAAGUAGGCGGCAAGCCGCGCAGUUGGCACAGGAACUGUUCGACGAUGGAUACAAUUAUGAGGAGUGUCAUAUAAACCCUUUGAAUGCAGCCGAAUAUCAAGGUGCUAGAAAAGAUACUACAAUUGCAACAAAAUCAUCAAAAAGUCGACCCGACUGGGCGAUCAUGUCCAAAGUCACACAACAUAUGGAAACUAUUCUAUUCAAAGAGAAAUUCCUCGACUGGCCGGAUUACAGCCGAGUUAUAAAAGUCAAACCACAAGAAAAUAAAUCGAACGCCGUAGAAUUAACACCCUGUGAUGCUGAGGAAAUGUGGUCCAACGAGUACCAGGAUCCAGAUCUCAUUCUAGAAGGAUCCCAUAUCGGUCGCGGGACCCAUUACUACGACAAGGAGUCGAUGCGCCAUUAUGAAAUUAAAACGCAAUCAGUAUGCAAAUGGUUGAUACAAGAAUAUGACUAUCAAAAAGUCGAAAACGAGUCGGAAAUCAGCGAAUUUUAUUCUGGAGACAGUUAUAUUAUCAAAUGGGAUUAUCAGAUAACAGUUUCCGGUAGGGAGCUGAAUGGGAAACCUUCGAAACACAACCUCACGGGUAGAGAUCGAUGCGCGUAUUUCUGUUGGCAAGGCAAAGAUGCCUCAUCCAACGAGAAAGGUGCUGCGGCAUUGCUCACCGUUGAACUGGAUAAGGGAAAAGGUCCCCAAGUCCGAGUGGCGCAAGGAAACGAACCGCCCGCGUUUUUGAAUCUCUUCCAAGGCAAUCUGAUCAUACAUCAGGGCAAACGGGACACAGAUAAGAACAAAUACCGCCUAUACGUAACGAGAGGCAACGUGUCGAACGAAGCGUACCUCUUACAAGUGCCGUGCUCUGUGCGACAACUCAGAAGCCGCGGUUCUUUGAUCCUGGUCGACACGGAAAAAGCGUGUCUGUACGUGUGGCAUGGAUCGCGUAGCUUGAAGCACACGAAACAAGUAGCUGUCGAUCUAGCGAACAAACUUGUUGCUAGGAAGUCGAAGCACUUGUUUGGCGAAAAGUUUGAGGAUGUGAAAGUGCUGGAAAUUAAGGAAGGCGAGGAGCCGAAAGAGGUUUUGGAGGCGUUAGGUGUUGCGAACAAGCAGUAUUAUAACUCUGUGUUGAGUGCGGGCCGGGAGGCGGGGGGCGAUGUGACGCCGAGGCUGUUCCACUUCACCGAUUUGAGCGGACAGUUCGAGGCGCACGAAGUGCUGUCGCCGUUGCGUCACGAAAGUUUGGUGACGCCGUUCCCGUUCGAACAGAAGGAGCUGUAUUCUGCGUCGCAACCCGCUCUAUUCCUAUUGGAUGACGGCAAGUGUGUGUGGCUGUGGCAGGGCUGGUGGCCGCGCGGUGAGGACGGAGAGCUCGAACCCGUCGAAAGGAACAACGGCGUGGGCGCGUUCGCGUCGCGCUGGGUGUCGCUGCGCGCGGCGGCGCUGCGCACGGCGGACGCGUACUGGCGCGCCGCGCGCCGCUCGCGCCCCGACGUGCUGCUGGCGCUCGCCGGCCUCGAGCCCCACGCCUUCACCGCGCUCUUCGACACGUGGCGCGACUGCGACGACGCGGCCGACGCCAACAUCGCGCUGGGGUACAAGGCGGGCGAGGCGGUGAGCGCGUGCGUGGAGCUGGCGCGCGUCACCGCCAGCGCCGUGCUGCUGCCGCUCGCCGCGCUGCAGCGCCGCCCGCUGCCCGACCUGGUCGACCCGCACCACCUCGAGCGGCACCUCUCCUCGCCGCACUUCGCGGUGCGUACGCGCACACUGCACCACUACACG